AAUGGUCCCCUUGUGGUUCGGGGUGUGCCUCGCUGGGAUUUUCCUCCCUCAGACCUUUGGAAUUCCAUCAGAUGCUCAGGAAUCUGUUGAACUGGUGGGGAGAAGUUACAGCAAUGUAAUCCCUGCUUCUUUGGAUAUGUCCGAAAAUGAUCUCCAAAAGCGUUACUAUUCCGGCUGUGGGAACCCACCUAAUGUUCAUGGUGGAGAGGCUCAUCAAGCUGGUAACACAGUGACAUACACCUGUAAUACUGGGUUUUCGAUGACAGGAUCAGCAACACUCCAUUGCCAACCCUCAGGUCGCUGGGACUGUGAUCCACCAAUCUGUAAAAAAAUUGAAUGCCCAGCUCCUGUAAGGAUCGAAAAUGGACAUUUCAAACAAUUAGGACAAGUUGUAACAUACUCCUGUGCAAGUGGCUAUUACAUGUUGGGAGAUGAAUCAAUAACCUGUCUCAACACUGGCAAAUGGAAUGGUCCUGGACCACGCUGCAUCCUCAUCAAUGCUCCAAGUGGACCUGCAGGAGAACCAGGUCCUGUGGGACAAAUGGGACCAAAAGGCGAUUCAGGUGCAGAUGGAUCCAGAGGCCAACCAGGAGCAUCAGGACGUCCUGGACAACAAGGAGGACGUGGACCCCAUGGCUUUCCAGGAACACCUGGGGCACAAGGUCCACAAGGUCCAUCUGGAGCAUCUGGACCCAAAGGUAGAAAUGGAGCUAAUGGGAUGGGAGGUGCAGAUGGUAACAGAGGCGCUCUUGGGUUGAGGGGACAAAUGGGACCGGUAGGAGAGGUUGGACUGACUGGAGAGAAAGGCGAUGUUGGAGCAGCAGGGAUGCCAGGUAUGCCAGGAUCCUUCAACGCCGUUCUUGCUGCUUUCUGUGUCAGCCUUGGCUACAACUUUCCAGCAGGUAAUGCACCAAUUAGAUUUGAAAAUAUGAUAUACAAUGCCCAAGGGCUCUAUAGUCCUGUAACAGGUAUGUUCAGAUGUAGAAUCCCCGGUGUGUAUUUCUUUACAUUUCACUGUGAAGUCAACAGAGUUAAUGCAUAUAUUGCAUUGAAGAAAAAUGAUGUAACCAUUGUUGUAGCCUACCAAGCAUAUCAAAAUAGUUAUCAGUCAAUGGCUGGAGGUGCUAUCAUUGCACUAGAUGCUGGUGAUACAGUUCAUUUGGAAACUAUGGAUGGACAGAAUGGCAUCACAAAAGCAUGUGUCUUUGCUGGUCAUUUGCUUUUUAUUUGUCCAACUUUUCGCCAUUGAAGACUGACGUUGUGUAUCUAAUUCUAAUCAUCUCACUGUGGACUUUUUUUUAAUGAUACAUCAUUUCACAACUUCCUCAUUUUAUUUUUAGGACUGCUCCAAAUAUCAUCUCCAGGGGUAAGGGGGUGGGGACAUAGACAAAUGUGGUUUGAUCUUAAAGAUAAAAAAAAGUCAUAAUAUUAUCCUACUUUUACCCAUGACCUAUGGAACUUUACCUCUUCUGUCAACACUAAAGGCAAGUCAAGUUUGCUUCAACUCUGUCUGGACAUGAUCCGGAACAUCUGGAGGUCAUUUUAUUCAGUACGAUCAGAGCCAUAAAGUAACAUCAGAUCAAAAGCACACACAAACCAAACAAUAAUGGUUCCAGACCGAUAUUCUGUAAAAUAACAAGCAGGAUUAGAACUAUGUAGCAAAUCGAUCUGCAAUCAGAGGAAAGCGAGAUAAUUUUAAAACCAAAGUAUUCAUUAUUUCUUCCUCAUUUCCAAGAAUCUAUCGGACUAUGGGUGCCUCUGAAAUAAAAUGAUGAAGAAUGUCGUAAAACAACUGGACAGAUCUCAGUAAAUAUCUGUGAUCAGUCUUAAAACAAAAUUGCUACCGGACAUUUAGAUUUUGGGGGAGCGUGUGGAAAAUAUAAGCAUAAGAUCAUCUGAAGUGAAAAGCAGCCACUGGUUGAUCAUUGUAUCUACUGUGAGUGGGCUUUGCAUUUCAAAGGACAAAGGCUUCAAUAAUAUGUCAUUGGUAACUGAAUAUUAUAGCAGGUAAUAAAUCUGAGAUUUUUACAGCCCAGCGGUAGGAAACAGUAGAAGUAUAAAGAUUUUCAUUGGACUAUGGAUUUACUCUAAUUUAUUCCUGCAUCUAUCAUCUUUGUGGUUUUACAGUGACACAUGUGAUGAAGGUUAUCUGAAGCAAUGUGUCAGCUCUUGCCAAGCCAAAAUCUUUCAUUUAAUGAACGUGCAAAGUCUGGAUUCACAAGAUGUCAAUUGUCCAAUCAGUAGGCUACCCAACAGAUUACCAGUCAGGUCACUGUGCUUCCUGUUCUUUGUCUGGUGAAGUCAACUGAUUCAACUUUUGUGUGGGGACCGCUCUUCACUGUCGUGCCCCACUGUCUGAGACCCCACUGGUAGCACGUUGCAGCUCAGUGGCAUGGUAUCAAUGCUAAGGAAAACCUCUUCUCUUCCUAUUGCUUUCAUGUCUGGAGUUCUUCAGAGUUGAAACACCUCACUUGACUUGCCUUUCACAAAUGUUAUUAAUGUGGACAGGAAUGUACCUGCUUGUGCUCAUUUUCUUUUUGAAGUAUCUGUGAAUCACUUUCUGAUUAUUCUGAAUGAAUGUUGAAAAAAUAACCCUUCUUCACCGAGAGGCUGGGUGAAAAGAUGUGGAGAACCCAGUCGAUUAUCCCAGAUUGUUAAAACUAUCCUUUUGAAAUGGUUUCCAUAAAAAACCAUCUGUAUGAAAUUGAAUCUUUCACUGUUCUUGCAAGAUACACAAUAAAGAACUGCACUCUCAAUAAUUGUGACGUUAUUAUGUGCAAUG